AUGUCACCAGGUUUCCCCCCCCACCUCGCCACCCAUCGCCUAUCAACUCAAACUGACACCAACAAAAUGGACACUAACUUAUUUUGUUCCACACUGCAGACAGAAGAAUGGCGAUUUGAAAUGGAAUUUAAUUCGCCUCGCAGAAAGCGUCGUCGACAAGACUGGUUUUUCCUAAGCACGCAAACGCAGCUGGCAAAGAAAGGCAACUCUGGCUCUGCAUGCCUCCGUCGAAAAUGGUUUGUCUCUGUCAUGGCCGCCAGCGCGCGCACACACCCUUUCUCUCUUUCUCGCUCUCUUCCUCCCCCUCUCUCUCUCUCGACCCCUCUUUCUCUUGCUCUCUCUCCCUCUCCUUUUCUCUCGCUCUCUCUCUCCCUCCCUCUCUCUCUCUUUUACUCUCUCUCUCUUUCCAUUUCCCUCUUUCACGUGCUCUCUCGCUCCCUCUCCAUCGCUCUCUCUCGUUCUCUCUGUCGUUCUCGCUCCCUAUCUCUCCCCUUUUAUCUCUCCCCUUUUCUCUCUCUCUCUCUCGCUCGCUCUCUCUCUCUCAUUUUCUCUCUCGUUCUUUCUCACUUUCGCUCCCCUCUCUCUAUUUCGCUCUCGCCCUCUUUCCAUUUCUCUCUCUCUCGCUCGUUCCCUCUCUCUCCCCUUUUUCUCUCUCCCCCUUUCUCUCUCUCUCUCUCUUUCCUUUUCUCUCUCGUUCUUUCUCACAUUCGCUCCCUCUCUCUCUCUUUCGCUCUCUCUCUUUCCAUUUCUCUCUCUCUCUCGCUCCCUCUCUCUCUCCCCUUCUCUCUCUCUCCCUUUCUCUCUUCCGCUCUCUUGCUCCCACUUCGUGGCUCUUCUCUCUCUCUCUCUCUCUUUCUCUGUUCAUAUUUCUCUCCUCAGUUUGUCAGCCUGUGUUUGUAUCGUCUAUUUUCUCUCUCCUCCUGUUUUAUAUAUGUUCGCUUCGAUCUGUCUAUCGAACGAUCGAUCACAGGUUUAUUCAAACCUAUCUUGGUAUUUUCUCUCUCUCUCUCUCUCUCUCUCUCUCUCUCACACACACACACACACACACACAUCUUUCUCUUCAUUCUUUUUCCUCACUUUCUUUUUUUUCAGUAA